AUGGCAUACGAGUUGGGAUUUCCGUCUCUGCUAUUUCUCACCUUGGUGAUUGCCUCCUUCAUUGCAACGCUCUCAUCCCUCACACGCCUUUCUGCAUGGCUAUACACGUUCUUCGUUUUCGUACCGUCCUACUACAUCAUCUAUCAGUCUUGGAUAUUCCCAUUCUACAUCUCACCACUUCGCUCGGUGCCCACCGUCCCCGGAUUUCCGCUAUGGGGUCAGACUCAUUCGUUCCUGACAGAGGAAGCCGGUAUCCCUGCGCGGCGCUGGCACAAGCAACACGGCCCAAUCGUACGAUGGUUUCUGCCCUUCGGCGCCGCUAGGCUCUCGGUCAUCGAUGACGAAGCGCUGAAACAGAUCUUCAUCAGGAACCCAUAUAGGUGGCAGAAACCACCGAUCACCAAAGCCAAUCUUGCAUAUAUGCUAGGUGACGGACUCCUAGCAGUCGAGGGGGAUGCCCACGUUCAGCAACGAAAAGUGCUUGCGCCAGCAUUUUCGAUCUCGUCAAUCAAAUCGCUCACACCAAUCUUCUGGCGUAAAGCAUUGCUGCUGUCCCGACUUUGGCGAGCCGAGCUGAGAAAGGAAAACGUCAGGACCAAGUCCAUCGAGGUCCUUGAAUGGUCGAAUCGAACAACGCUCGAUAUCAUCGGAGAAGCUGGAUUGGGAAACAAUUUCGAUUCACUGACCCACCCCGAGACGCCGAUGAGAAAGGCAUACAAACAAAUCUUCAACUUUGACAAUGGCGGGCGACUGUUCUUCGCACUUCUAUCCGUAACGCCCUUAGCGUUAUACUUGCCUGUUCAAGCAAACCACACACUUGCAGCAGCCCGCGGCACGGUUAUCAGCAUUGCGUCCGAAAUCAUCCGAGACAAGCAGUCCAAACAGAUUGCCGAAACACCUUCCCGCGAAAAAGACAUCCUGUCCCUAAUUAUGCGUGCUAAUUCGACGGCGAAUGGUAGAAUGCAGGGCAAAAUGACGUUCGAAAACAUGAGAGAUCAAGUGAUGACCUUCAUCGGCGCCGGUCACGAGACCACAGGGUCUGGAAUGGCCUGGACCCUGCUUCUGCUCUCAAAGUAUCCUUCCACGCAAGAAAAAUUGCGGAGGGAAAUUCAAGAAUACAUGCCGUUCCUCUUCUCCGACAGCCGUGAAGACGAAUCUUGGCUUUCCAAAAUCGACGAAGAUCGUCUACCUUACCUCAACAACGUUUGCCGCGAGAGUCUUAGGUAUAUCCCACCCAUUCCUUUCACCAGGCGGGCGAACAUUGCCGAGGAUCAAUUCCGCGGCUAUCGUAUCCCUGCUGGGACAACCGUCUACGUUCCCAUCAACGCCAUCCACCGAGCCCCGGAAUACUGGGGAGAAACGGCAGAUGUGUUCGAUCCAGACAGAUGGGACCAUUUACCAGCGACGUUCACAGCGAACGCAUAUUUAGCGUUCCUUAGCGGUCCGAGAGGAUGCAUAGGGAAGAAGUUUGCUGAGACAGAGAUGAAGGCGCUACUGUGUUGCUUGUUGAGUGCGUUUAGGUUUGAGAUGGAUGACACGUUGGAUGAUCCCGAGAAUUGGAAAAUGUGGAGGCUAGUUCUGAGGCCAAAAGAUGGGAUCACUCUGAAAGUCACGCCAUUGGUGUGA